GCCAUGGCUAAUUCACUCAACUUUAUUAUCGACUCAGCAUCGGGGGAUCACCCGAUUGAUCAGUACAUGCCACUGUUGAAAACCAGUGGCUCCUUCGUCCUGGUUGGUGUCCCAAGUGAAAUCAAGGUCCAUCCUAUAAGUCUGAUAAUGGGUAUGAAAACCAUAUCCGGGAGCGGGACGGGGGGAACGAAAGAGACACAAGAGAUGUUGGAUUUUUGUGCAACUCAGAAGAUAUACCCAGAGAUUGAAAUAAUUCCUAUUGAGUAUAUAAAUGAAGCUUUAGAGCGGAUGAUAAAGAGGGAUGUGAAGUACCGAUUUGUUAUUGAUAUAGGGAACUCUUUGAAAUGAAACAAGGGAAGAAAAAUAAAAAAUUAAUCAAUAGUCGUGAUAUUAGUGAAGAUAGAAGUGACUAGAGGACUAAAUAAAGGGUGAGAGAAGUGAUGAUCUUCUUGAUGUGUUGUGGUACUACAUAUUUGUUUUUUUAAAUUAUGUUUGGAUUGUGGUGUUUUAGAUUA